CAAAACAAAAUAUCAUAAUUAUUGGUGGUGGAUAUGGCGGAAUAACCGUAGCGACAAAACUCGAAUCAGCUCUUCAUAAAACUCAUCAAAUCAUUCUUAUCGAACGUAAAACAUAUUUUUAUCAUUCUGUUGGAG